AUGGUAUCAUACUCAGCCAUAGGAAGUCCAAGUGACGCCUCGUCAGAUACAGGAAGAGGUCGGAGAAGAAGGUCGAGUAGAGCUAUGAAGGAUCAGAAUCUGGGAGGCGAAGCCUCUUGGAUGAGUAGCAAUAUCAAUCUGGUCAAUACAAUUAUCGGAGCCGGGACUUUGGCGAUGCCCUCAGCUAUGGCGCAUAUGGGAAUCGUCCUAGGCAUCUUUGUGAUACUCUGGUCGGGUAUGACAGCAGCAUUUGGGCUUUAUUUCCAGACCCGAUGUGCCCGGUACCUAGAACGUGGAUCUGCCUCCUUCUUCGCGCUGUCGCAGAUUACCUAUCCGAACGCGGCGGUCAUAUUUGAUGCCGCAAUCGCCAUUAAGUGUUUCGGUGUUGGAGUGAGCUAUUUGAUCAUCAUUGGAGAUUUGAUGCCCGGGGUCGUGAGGGGAUUCAAUGAGAACGCUGAUGCUGUGCCAUUUCUUGUCGAUAGACACUUCUGGGUUACAGUAUUCAUGCUCGUCGUAAUCCCACUUGCCUUUCUUCGCCGUCUUGACUCUCUCAAGUAUACAAGUGUUGUUGCAUUGAUUUCCAUUGGUUACCUGGUCAUUUUGGUUGUUUACCACUUUUCCAAAGGGGAUACUAUGGCGGACAGAGGAGCAAUCCGAAUCAUCCAUUGGGGCGGCCUGGUUCCCACCCUCCAAAGCUUCCCCGUCAUAGUUUUUGCAUAUACGUGCCAUCAGAAUAUGUUCUCUAUUUUGAACGAGAUCAAGAACAACUCCGCAAGAAAUACUACGAGUGUCGUUGCAGCAAGCAUUGGAUCCGCUGCAUCCGUCUACAUCCUGGUUGCUAUCACAGGCUAUCUGUCAUUUGGCAAUAGCGUUGCUGGAAACAUUAUUGGAAUGUAUAUUCCAUCGGUCGCCUCGACCAUUGGCAAAGCAGCAAUUGUAGUGCUUGUCACGUUUUCGUAUCCUCUGCAGGUUCAUCCGUGUAGGGCAUCCGUCGACGCAGUUUUGAAGUGGCGGCCAAAUGGCUUGAGGGGUGCACCUCAACCAGUUGCACGAAACGAUGCCAUCGGAGAGCUACGAUUUGCUCUUAUUACUACCGUCAUCAUCGUGAUGAGCUACAUCGUCGCCAUGACCGUCUCGUCACUCGACAAGGUUCUAGCCUAUGUUGGAAGCACCGGCAGUACCAGUAUUAGCUUCAUCCUACCAGGAUUGUUCUAUUACAAGAUCUCGGCACCUGAUUCGAUACACCACCAACGUCUGGCCAAGGACGAAGAUGAAGACGAAAGUGGCUCUGACACGGAGGGCCUCAAUGGCCACAGAGGCUUGAGUUCGACCCAUUGGCGAAAGACCAUUCUUCGGAAGCUCUCAUUGGCUUUGGCCAUCUAUGGUCUCUUCGUGAUGACCCUGUGCUUGGGAACGAAUCUGUUUUUCACCGGAGCUGCGCACUGA